AUGCCAGUGCCCGAGGUGGCGUCUGACACUGCCAGCGCUGCCGCCAUGUUGAGCCCCGUCCUCAACGCCUCCAACGGAGACGGCUCCGAGUCUGAAACCACCUCCGCCAUCCUCGCCUCCGUCAAGGAACAGGAGUUGCAGUUUGAACGUCUGACCAGGGAGCUGGAAGCCGAACGACAGAUUGUUGCCACUCAACUGGAGAGAUGCAAGCUUGGCUCUGAGACUGGAAGCAUGACUAGCAUCAGUUCAGCAGAUGAGAAAUUUCGCUGGAACAACCAAGAUGGCCAGAAGGACAUAGAGGAGGAGCUGACGACAGGCCUGGAGCUGGUGGACUCCUGCAUCCGAUCGCUUCAAGAAUCGGGAAUCUUGGACUCACAGGAGUUUUCCACAGGAGACAGACAAGGUCUGCUGUCCCAGAGUGCUUUGCAGCUCAACAACCAGGAUGCCUAUGCAGCUGCAGGUUACCAUAGUAACCAAGGCCUGGCGCUUGGAGAGACAGUCACGCCCCGCGGUGGGCAGGUGGGAGGGGCUGUUCACAGCUACAACCAGGUAACCUCCAACCGUGCAGCUGCCCAAUUAGCGGGGACUGACUCCCCCUCCCAGUCCCAGAGAGACUCCUUUGCCCAACAGGCCCACGGCAGCGCCUUUCACAUGCCCGUGGAUGGCAGCCCUGCACCCACUGGACCCUCUAUGUACUAUUCCUGUGCCACUCUGCCUGCACAGCGUGUGAGCUCCCCUCUGCAGGCGGUGGGAUCCCCCACGAAGCUGCAGCGCCUGGGCUCAGCCUCCUCCGACAUGCCCAGCUAUGCCACCCUACAGAGGGUGUCCUCACCCAAACAGUCGCCCAGCCGACUCGCCAAGUCCUACAGCACCUCCUCACCCAUCAACAUGGUAGCAUCAGGCGCUGCGGGCUCCUCCUCUCCUCUCCCUAUGGCGGCCUCCCCGGGUGGAAACCACACUUCAUCGCCCCUCCACCAGCUCAGCUCCGCAGUGGGCAGCUACGCCACCUUGUCGCCUACCAAGCGCAUGCUGCACCACGUCGGACCAGACAGUUACAAGAUCUCCCACGAGCUUUACGCCAACGCAACCCUGCAAAGGCCUGGUAGCCUGGCAGGUAGAGGCUCCAGAGGUUCCUACAGCAGCCAACACAGUCACCUGGGCUCUGAGCUCCGACCUCUACAGUCCCCUGAGCACCACAUUGACCCCAUCUAUGAAGACAGAGUCUAUACCAAACCCAACCUCAGAGGGCAAGCCCCGCCUUCCCCUGGUGUUGACCCAAUCCCCUUGCAACGAACGGGAAGCCAAAGCGCCACCACCAACUAUCAGAGGGCCAGCUUCGCCACAGGAGGCGGGGCAUCCGACUACACCAACCCAUACCGCACGCUGCAGUUCUGCCCGUCCACCGAGUCGCCUUACAGCAAGUCAGGCCCCGCCCUGCCUCCCGAGGCGGCCCUGGCCCGGUCUCCAUCAGUGGACAGCAUCCAGAAGGACCCCAGGUACGACCCUGAAUUCCUUGUGUGGAAUCAAAAUCAAGCCGAGCAAAGAAUGACAAAGGAGUUUGGCUGGAGGGAUCCAGAGCUGCCGGAGGUGAUCCAGAUGCUGCAGCAUCAGUUCCCAUCGGUCCAGUCCAACGCUGCCGCCUACCUCCAGCACCUCUGCUUCGGAGACAACAAGAUCAAAUCUGAGAUCCGGCGGCAGGGUGGCAUCCAGCUGCUGGUGGACUUGUUGGACCACCGGAUGACCGACGUGCACCGCAGCGCCUGCGGAGCCCUGAGGAACCUGGUGUACGGCAAAGCCAAUGACGACAACAAAAUCGCCCUGAAGAACUGCGGAGGCAUACCGGCUCUGGUCCGGCUGCUCAGAAAGACCACGGAUGUGGAGAUCCGAGAGCUGCUCACAGGCGUCCUUUGGAACCUGUCGUCGUGCGACGCCCUGAAGAUGCCCAUCAUCCAGGACGCCUUGGCUGUGUUGACCAACGCUGUGAUCAUCCCCCACUCGGGCUGGGACACGUCCCCCCACACGCAGGAGGACCGCAAGCUGCACCUGCACUCCUCCCAGGUCCUCCGCAACGCCACCGGCUGCCUUCGGAAUGUGAGCUCUGCUGGUGAGGAGGCACGGAGAAGGAUGAGGGAGUGUGAGGGUCUGACGGACGCCCUGCUCUACGUCAUCCAGACUGCCCUGGGGAGCAGCGAGAUUGACAGCAAGACCAUAGAGAACUGUGUGUGCAUCCUGAGGAACCUGUCAUACCGUCUGGCUGCAGAGACGUCCCACAGCCAGCAGGGGGGGUCGGAGGAGCUAGACGGCCUGCUGUGCGAUGCCGGUGGGAAGGAGGCUGAGAGCUCUGGAUGCUGGGGCAAAAAGAAGAAGAAGAAGAAGGGACAUGACCAGUGGGACGGCGUCGGCCCGUUUCCAGACUCGGCAGAGCCCCCAAAAGGCAUCCAGAUGUUAUGGCACCCAACCAUCGUGAAGCCCUACCUCACCCUUCUGUCUGAGUGCUCCAACCCAGACACCCUGGAGGGAGCAGCUGGAGCUCUGCAGAACCUCGCUGCUGGCAGCUGGAAGUGGUCGGUGUAUAUCCGGGCUGCUGUGCGUAAAGAGAAGGGCCUCCCUAUCCUGGUGGAGUUGCUGAGGAUAGACAAUGACAGGGUGGUGUGUGCCGUGGCCACCGCGCUGAGAAACAUGGCCCUGGACGUCAGGAACAAGGAGCUCAUCGGUAAGUAUGCCAUGAGGGACCUGGUGCACCGUUUGCCCGGAGGCAGCAACAACAACAACAGCAGUGGCAGUGGAGGAGGAGGAGGAGGCGCAAACAGCAGCUGCCUGGUGGGGAAGACCAUGUCGGACGAUACCAUCACGGCCAUCUGCUGUGCACUGCACGAGGUCAUCACCAAGAACAUGGAGAACACCAAGGCCCUGAGGGACGCCGGCGGCAUCGAGAAGCUCAUCGGCAUCGCCCGCAGCAAAGGAGACAAACACACUCCUAAAGUGGUGAAAGCAGCAUCUCAAGUCCUUAACAGUAUGUGGCAAUACCGAGACCUCCGCAGCCUCUACAAAAAGGAUGGCUACUCCCAGUACCAUUUUGUCGGCUCUUCCUCCACGAUAGAGAGAGAUCGACAGCGUCCUUACUCCUCCUCUCGCACUCCGUCCAUCUCUCCCGUGCGGACCUCGCCCAACAAUCGAUCAGCGAGUGCUCCUGCCUCCCCCAGGGAGAUGAUGGCGCUGAAGGAGAGGAAGGCAGACUACGAGUCGACUGGCAACACUAGUUACCAUGGCAACAAGGGCGAGCACACUUCCAGGAAGGACGCCAUGGCAGCUCAAAUCACUGGUGGGUCUUCGACUCUACUCAGAGGAGCAUACGUGUCACCUAGUGAUGAUCUGAAAUAUAACCAGGUGUCUUCUCAAGGAUUGCCUUCGGAGCCCUACCCUCCCUUCCAGAACCCUCCUCCACCUGGCGGCGGCAACUACGAGGACCAGGCCUUCUACGAGGACCAGGUCCAUGCAGGAGGGCGCCCCCCGCAGGCUGACCUCAACAUGCACCUGCAGGGCCUAAAGUCCACCGGCAACUAUGUAGACUUCUACUCGGCGUCAAGGCCCUACAGCGAGCUCAACUACGAGACCAGCCACUACCCAGCCUCGCCAGACUCCUGGGUCUGAAAGGAGACAAGGGCGGAGGGGGAGCAGGACGGGGAGGGGGGGUGAAGAGGGGGGAGAAAAGAAGAGGGUGAAUGGCGAUAGCUUAAACAGUGGAGGAGAGAAGAUGAAAGCACGUUUUUUCACCUCCCCUCCCCUCACCCCGACCCUCCCCAAAAACUCCUGAGUAGCAUCGUUAGGUAGCAGGAUGAGGGAGGGGAGCAGAGGAGGAGGAGGAGGGGAGGAUGGAAUGAAAGAGGAGUGAAAACAGGAGGAGGAAAUAUAAAAGAGACCAUGCUCCUUCCAGAGACGAGGGCUUGGGGGGGGAGUAGGAGGACUCACAGAGGACAGAGGACUGGCCAUGCAUGUGCAUGCACACCACCAACAACAACCGACACAUUUUUCUUCAACUGUGUUUAGUUUGAGAUCCGCAAGAACGAUCGGCAGAGAGGAAGGUGACGACCUCCCGCGCCCCAAAGGUCUCUGGGAGAAAGAACAGGAGAGGGACAUAUACCAUGAAAGAGUCGGAACGUAGAAAGAUGCAUGAGAGAAAAAGAAGGAAACAGAGACAAAGAAGGACAGUGAAAGAUAAAAAUGGAUUUUUUAAAGGUAAGCAUGGAAGUUUUGGAUGAAGGGAUGUCAGACGGCUGGAGUGCUGGAACGUGUCGGAGGUAACUUGGGAGGGGACAGUUGUAAAUAUGUGGCAUAGUAACGUGGCUUUUAGUAAUGUGAAGCACAAGAAACGGAGCUAUAGGACAUAGAUGUCUGUCACACAAACUUUUGUUUCUCUACGGCUUCAGCGUGACGUGUCCUCCUCUGGGCAAGGAAAUGCUUGUGGACUUUGUCAUUUGUGACAGGGUUUUUUUUUCUGUUUGUCUGUUUGUUUGUUUUGUUUCUCCUACUUUUUUCAUUUGUACUUUUUUAAUUCUCGAUUCUGGUUGUAUAGUAUUUGAUGUACAUUACGAAGAUGCAUUGUGUACUGUACAUUGCACUAUUUUCUGUGUAAGGCCUUCUUCGCCGUAGGUCAGGUUCACUUUCUCUGUCAACAUCCCCUCCCCAUGUGCACACACACACACACACACACACACACCUCGCACACAGAACAAUAUCUACACUCUGACCUUCACCAACCUUCAAAUCUCAUAUCACAGCUACAGACGGAUUUCAACACGUUGCUAAAAAACGUGACACAGCGGAUAUAAAGUGGGCAUUGGAUGCAGUCUUAAAGCAUCAGUUCUGCUAGGUCACGGUGCUCCUCUUACUGCCCUACAGAUAGGCUUUCUUAGCCUGGCAUAGCAGACAAUACACCUGCCAAAAUGGCUCCAGAGAGGCUUGACCAGUUUGAUGGAGGCCCUGUAUAAAGUUGCAGCAGCAAAGCCUUUUUUACAAUGACUCUAUCGCUCAUCUCGUCGUACGCCAUUUUGGACGCUAGCUUUGGUUUUUUGACAGCUAUCUUUCCACAUUCACGCCACGGCCCCUCUUUUUGUUCCCACGAGCCCUCCCUUGGUGUGAACUGUGCUCAUUGUUUAUUAAAACCGUGCCAAACAUGGGUUACUUCCCCUCAGCUAAAGAAGGCGGGGAAAGGUAGGGGGGGAAGGGGUCCAAGUUCAGCUGAAGUGUCCAUUUCAACUGAACGUCAUUGGUUCAAAUGAUGCCAGUUUGUAAAUGCUUUGUUUUUUUAAACUGUGUUUUACUGGGAUCAAAACUGUCUCACUGCACCAGAACUUGGAAAAAAAUGAAAUAAAAAAAUGAAUAAAAUUUUAAAAAAACACACACACAUGGAGGAACUGUGAUCAGGCGGAGCCUCGCUUCCUCCAAAGCUGUACAAAAUUAGUUCAUUUCUGUGUUGUAAAUUAAUCAAUGUUUGAAGUAAAAAAAAAAACAAAAAACAACUUUCUUUUUUUUCUCAGAGAUGGGUGGCAAUUCUAAGUUCAUGGUAGACAAAACUGUUAAUAGAGUAUGGAUAUAUAUUAUAUAAAUAUAAAUAUAUACUUUUUAUGUGCAGAUGUGGAUGUCACUUAUAGCAGCAACAUUAUGGGAAAAAGACUUGUAAAAAAAAGAACUACAUGUAGGAAUUUUGUUCACAUUUUAUUUUAUGGUCAACACACUAAAUUGUCAACUUUGUGUAGUAAUGUUGUUGCUAUGUGGAGUAGAGUAGACCAGGGCCCAAGGAUCCAAGUUGUCACUAAAUCAGUCAACUAAUUAACAAGAAAAAGGUGCUAUAUCAGUGACAGAUAUUUCCAAUAUGUCUGUAUUUCAAUGUGUAUAAAAUGUUUCUUUCCCCUGUAUAGAUUAUGAACAACUGUCCGCUCUAAAAUGUGAAUUCUGAAAUGAUCACAGGUGACCAUUUUGAAUCACAGAAGCAAGAAAAUGAUGUCUUUCACACGUCUGAUCUCCCUCAAACUGUGUUUCUCAUGCAUGAUAUCCCCCAUUCUGAUCAAUUGGUCUCAGUGUGAUAAAUAACAAAGCUUGCACCCACGUAUGCAUGAGUAUGAUGUCGUUAGAGUCAAUCUGAAACUAAAUGGUACAGUUUUUUUUUCUUUGUCUCUUUCGGUUUGGUAUUUUUAAGUGAGAAAGGAUCAAAUGUUAAAGAUGUGACAACAGACCCUGGUCCUCCCUACCCACUGCUGUUUAGAAGUCCUAGAGGUCAUCUUCCGAUGCUUGAAAAAUGAAUUAUAAUGCAAUUGUCCCCCACUAAAACACUGGAUGAGAAACAGUACCCUACUUUGUUAGUAAGCAUCUGGAAACUGACAACGUUACGUAUGUCCUUGUGAUCCGUAGGCAGAAUACCUGACUAUAAGACCUGUAUGGAGAUAUAAUGUCAGUAACCUUUUUGUUGCUAGACAAAAACGUGUUUUAAAAAGAAAAUUGUGAAUCUUUCUAUUGCCUCAAACAGAUUGCAACUGCUCCAAAAAUAUAAAUGGACCAUCGAAGAGCC